CGUGGUGCGGCGAUGGAGCGGGCUCCCGGCGGGGCGGCGCUGCGCGGGCAGCCGGCGGGCAGCUGCGGGCCCUGGGAGAUGCGGGACCGCCUGGGCACUGGCGGGUUCGGUAACGUCUGCCUGUACCAGCACCAGGACUCGGGCGCCCGCGUGGCUGUCAAGUCCUGCCGCCUGGAGCUCAGCGUCAAGAACAAAGACCGCUGGUGCCACGAGAUCGAGAUCAUGAAGAAGUUGAACCAUCCCAAUGUAGUAAGAGCCUGUGAAGUUCCCGAGGAGAUGAACUUCUUGGUUAAUGAUGUUCCUCUUCUAGCAAUGGAAUAUUGUUCUGGAGGUGAUCUCCGGAAGUUGCUAAACAAACCAGAAAACUGCUGUGGACUUAAAGAAAGUCAAAUACUUUCUCUGCUGAGUGACAUUGGGUCUGGUAUCCAGUAUUUGCAUGAAAACAGAAUUAUACACAGAGAUUUAAAGCCUGAAAAUAUCGUUCUUCAGGAUGAAGGUGGGAAGAUUGUUCACAAAAUAAUAGACCUGGGAUAUGCAAAGGAUCUGGAUCAAGGAAGUUUAUGCACUUCGUUUGUUGGAACAUUGCAAUAUUUGGCUCCAGAACUCUUUGAGAAUAAAUCCUACUCAGUUACUGUUGAUUACUGGAGCUUUGGAACGAUGGUGUUUGAGUGCAUUGCAGGAUUUAGACCUUUCUUACAUAAUCUACAGCCGUUUACGUGGCAUGAAAAAAUCAAGAAGAAGGAUCCAAAGCACAUCUUUGCUUCUGAAGAGAUGAAUGGGGAGGUUCGCUUUAGUACCCAUUUGCCACAACCUCACAGCCUCUGUGGUUUAAUUGUAGAACCGAUGGAAAAUUGGUUGCAACUGAUGCUGAACUGGGAUCCACAACAGAGGGGUGGAGGUUUAGAUACUGAGACCAGUCGUCCAAAGUGUUUCCUUAUAAUGGAUCACAUACUGAAUUUGAAGAUAGUGCACAUCCUAAAUAUGACCUCUGCCAAGAUUGUUUCAUUUCUUUUGCAUCCCGAGGAAAGCCUUCAUUCCCUUCAGAUUCGGAUUGAGUUUGAAACUGGAAUAAGUACUGGAAAUCAGGAACUGCUGUUGGAAACGGGGAUUUGCCUGGACCCUCGGAAACCUGCUUCCCAGUGUGUUAUUGAUGGCGUAAGAGGCUGGGAUAGCUACAUGGUCUAUUUGUUUGAUAAAAGCAAAACUGUCUAUGAUGGACCCUUUGCUUCUCGGAGUCUGUCUGACUGUGUAAAUUACAUUGUACAGGAUAGUAAAAUCCAACUACCAAUUCCUCAGCUCCGCAAGGUGUGGGCAGAAGCAGUUCACUAUGUGAUUGGGCUAAAAGAAGACUAUAGCAGGCUUUUCCAGGGCCAGAGAGCUGCCAUGCUCAGUCUUCUUCGGUAUAAUGCCAACCUAAUCAAAAUGAAAAACAAUAUGGUGUCAGCAUCCCAGCAACUAAAGGCAAAGCUGGAAUUCUUUCACCAAAGCAUUCGCCUUGACCUGGAGAGAUACAGCGACCAGAUGGCUUAUGGCAUAUCUUCAGAAAAGAUGCUCAAAGCCUGGAAGGAGAUGGAAGAGAAGGCCUCUCAGUGUGCACAGGCUGAAGAUAUCGGAUAUCUGGAUGAGCAGAUCAUGGCUCUGCACACAGAGAUUGUAGAGCUUCAAAAGAGUCCGUAUGCAAGGCGCCAAGGAGAGGUCAUGGAGACCUUGGAACAGAGAGCCAUAGACCUGUACAAGCAAUUAAAAACAAGACCUCCAGAUCACGCCUACAGUGACAGCACAGACAUGGUGAAGAUCAUUGUGCAGACAGUACAGAGCCAAGACCGGGUUCUCAAGGAGCUCUUUGGCCAUCUCAGCAAGCUCUUGGGAUGUAAGCAGAAGAUUAUUGACUUGCUUCCAAAGAUUGAAGUGGCUCUAAAUAACAUCAAGGAAGCUGACAAUUCAGUGAUGCAGAUGCAGGGCAAAAGACAAAGGGAGAUAUGGCAUUUGCUGAAAAUUGCUUGCACUCAGAGCUCUUCUCGAUCGCUGGUAAGCUCCAGCCUGGAAGGGACAGCCUCACCUCCAGCAGCCACAUGGCUCCCACAGAGCUCAUCAGGGAAUAUACCUCACCCUCUGUCAUCUGUGGCAAUUCCCGAAGAUGGGGAAAAUUUUGUCCAUGUGAUAGAAGAGAACCUGAAUUACCUCGAACUCUUUAGCAGUAUUUUGCAGGAGGCAAGACAGGAGCAGAACAGCAGCAUGAUGAGCUUGGACUGGAACUGGCUGAAGUAGCCGGAGGAGCCCGGCCCGCUGCUGCCUGCAGAGCGCCGAGAGGGCUCGGCGGCCGCCGCUGGGAUGCGCUGCGGGAGCGGCUUCAUCAGCCGCCGGUUGCCUGGGACUGUGGCGGAGCUGCCGGGCCCGCGCCGCGCCUCCAACCGACCUCCCUGCAAUAAAACGCUGCGCAGAGGCUUCGCGGGCUCCGUCGCGCGCCGUUGCGCGUCGUGACGUCAUCGGGAUGCGCCUCCGGGGCCGUCGCGCGAUGUGGGGUCAUCGGGGCGCGCUGGGCGGGGAGAGCGGUUGCCUGCUCCUCCUCGGGGCGGCGGGGCGGGGCCGUCACCGCCCGGGGAGCGGCCCGGGGCCCGGCAGGGCCGGGAGCCGCCCACGGCCUCGGCCCCUCCUCGCCGCGUCUCCGCAGCCGGGCGGCCGUGCGCCGGCUCUCGGGGCCGUGCCCGCGGCCGAGGCGGGAUGGCCAUGGCCCAGGCCGGAGCCGCAGUCGCCGCCGCCGCCGGACUCCUGCUCUUUUUGCUGUACUCCGCCAUCCACAAGGUCGAGGAGGGGCACCUGGCCGUGUACUACAGGUACGGGUCUUGCCCGCGGGCUCUGCAGCCUCCCCUGCCGCGCGUCGGCAGCCGGGCUUUGCCCCCGGGCCCAGGUCCUGUCCGAGGGAUGGUGUGCGCAUCUCUUUACCCGCGGGUUUUGCCCCCAGGUGGGCACGCUGUGUUGUUCUGCCCUCCCACACCUGAAACGACAAAGGCCUGACUUCGGGCUGAGUUUCGCCUGGCUGCCCUGAGCAGCAUCUUCAGAACAGCUCGUUGUGUGGCUGUAGUCACUUAGUGCCACCUCUUCACUGGCUUUUACUUCAAAUUUAAAUAAAGGAACAGAGAAAUUCA